AUGAAUAAUUAUGAUCAAUUAAUACAAAAAUUGGGCCAGGACCCUCAUUUAUAAAUCUUGAAGUAAGAUUACGCAACAAUCAUUGACAGUAUGAAAGACACAGAUUUAUCUGUUAGACAAAUGAUUGCAAUAUUGUGGGCAGCUGAAAAUGAUUGUUUGAAAUUUACUUCCGAAAUAGAUAAAUUAAAUGCUAUGAUUUAGCAACUCUAAUAAUAAUUGGUUUAAGAAAAUGCUCCUUAAGAGUCUAUUUUAUCUGCUGAAGAUGAACAUUAAGAAAUAUUAUAUGAAAUUGAAUAAUAAUUGAUUUUCAAUGUUUAAAAGUUAAGUGAAAAUUAACUGAUAAAUUUUACAAUAUAAAAAUAUGAUAAACUUGAUUAUCAGACAGCUUUGGACAUCAUUACAAAAUUUAUUGAAUCCAAGUGUCUCAAUAAAGAAGUAGAAGGCAUUCUAAAUUAAUAACUAUAAGAUCAAAUGAUAAAAUACUAGAAAAAAAACUAUAUUCUUCAAAUUGAAAACAUGAAAAUCCUAUCAAAUACUAGUGCAAAAGACUUUUAUCAAAAAAAUAAAAAACUUCAGUCAUUUAGUUUUGAUAGAAUAAAAUUAAAGUUUCAAGCAAUUCUAAAAGAAAUUAAAAGCUUAAAGAGAGAACUUUAACAAACCAAAGAAAUAUAUUAAAUGCAAUUCAAACUUUUGUUUCAUUAAGAUAAUAUUAUAGAUAAAAUGCUAACAUCAUAACAAUUUAAUUUUAUAUAUAAUAAAAUACUCACCUAACUAAACCAUCAAAGAAAGUAUUUUAAUAUGAGUGGUUAAGUUCAAUAAAGUCUUUUAGCUUCAUAAUAAAUAGAUAAUAAUGACAUCUCUAUUGUUUUUGAUAAAUUACAACAGAAACUAGUGAAUUAGAUAGCUAAAACUGCUUGUUAAGUGACUGCUAAUUUUGAAGAAAUAGUUACAUCUCGUUAAAUAAAUAACAACUAUUUAGAAUUAAUAUUGAACACAACAAAAGCUAACUUUACAAAAAUCCUCAAAUACAAUAAGAUGAUCUCAACAAUUUAGUAGGAGAAAGAAACAUUAUAAGGGUAAAUCAGAUCAUCAAUGGAGUGUUUAAUUUAAAAAUUAAAUGAUGAGAACAUCAAACUGAAAUUAAUUCAUCUUACUAAAGUCAUAGAAAAGUCAUUCAAAAAACAAAGCCAAUCAAGUUUAGAGAGUUUAAAGAGUAUUUAAUAUCACUGA